UCUGCUUUUGCCCACAAGUAACAUAGAACCAACGAGUAGGAGACUCAAAGCCUUUCGUCUACCAUUCCCUCCAAAAUAAAAAAAAGAGAAGAAACAAAGAUAUGAGAUAUCCUCUUGUUAGCUUUCCCAGACAGAAAAACAUGUUUUUCUUAAGAAGCUUCAUGAUCUUAUUCCUGAGCUGCAUAACCUUUAAAAUCAACCUCUGCUUUCCCAGCAUUCCUUCUUCACUAAAAACACUUUCCAUUGAUGGACAUUUCAAUUUUGAAGAUGUUCACCAUGCAGCAAAAGAUUUUGGCAAUAGAUACAGUUUCCUUCCUUUGGCAGUUCUACACCCGAAGUCAGUUUCUGAUAUUGCUGCCACAGUGAAGCAUGUUUGGCAGAUGGGUCCUCGUUCAGAACUCACGGUUGCAGCUAGAGGCCAUGGCCACUCACUCCAUGGCCAGGCACAAGCCCACAGAGGAGUUGUGAUCAACAUGAAAUCACUCCAAGGCCCUAAAAUGCAGGUUCACGCUGGGAACUUCCCCUAUGUGGAUGUCUCUGGUGGUGAGUUGUGGAUAAAUGUCCUCCGUGAAAGCCUGAAACAUGGGUUAGCACCAAAAUCUUGGACAGACUACCUACAUUUAACAGUUGGUGGUACUCUGUCUAAUGCUGGGAUCAGUGGACAGGCAUUUCGGCACGGACCGCAGAUCAGUAAUGUUCUCCAACUGGAAGUUGUUACAGGGAAAGGAGAAGUGGUAAACUGCUCAGAGAAACAGAACAGCGAUCUUUUUUACAGCGUUCUUGGAGGACUUGGUCAGUUUGGCAUCAUAACGCGGGCAAGAAUAUCGCUGGAACCAGCACCCGAAAUGGUGAAAUGGAUGAGAGUGCUGUAUACAGAUUUUGCCACAUUUGCCAGGGACCAAGAGAAGUUAAUAUCUGGAGAAACAACAUUUGACUAUAUUGAAGGAUUUGUGAUAAUAAACAGGACUGGUCUCUUAAAUAACUGGAGAUCAUCCUUCAAUCCACAAGACCCAGUACAAGCCAGCCAAUUCAAAUCAGAUGGAAAAACUCUCUUCUGUCUAGAAUUAGCAAAGUACUUCAACCCAGAAGAAACGGCUGUAGUAAAUCAGGAAAUUAGGAGUUCAUUAUCUCGGUUAAACCAUAUUGCAUCUACACUUUUUAUAUCAGAAAUUCCAUACAUUGAGUUUUUAGACAGGGUUCACAUUUCCGAGAUCAAACUCCGGUCAAAAGGCUUGUGGGAAGUUCCACACCCAUGGCUCAAUCUUCUCAUCCCCAGCAGUAAAAUCCACAGUUUUGCUCAAGGAGUCUUUGGCAAUAUCCUUACAGAUACAAGCAAUGGUCCCAUCCUCAUCUACCCGGUUAACAAAUCAAAGUGGGACAAUAGAACUUCUGUUGCUAUACCAGAAGAAGAUGUUUUCUAUUUAGUGGCAUUCCUUUCUUCCGCAGUACCUUCUUCAACAGGAAGUGAUGGCUUAGACCACAUCUUAAUUCAGAACAACAGAAUCUUAGAAUUCUGUGAGAUAGCUCGUCUUCAGGUAAAGCAGUACCUGCCCCAUUAUUCGACACAAGGAGAAUGGCAAUCCCAUUUUGGCCCAAAAUGGGAAGUUUUUGUCCAGAGAAAAUCCACUUACGACCCCUUGGCAAUACUUGCUCCUGGCCAAAGAAUAUUUCAGAAGGCAAUAGCUUACACAUGAUAACAUCGAUGUUAUGAAUAUAUUUUUUUCUAAAAGAAAAAAAAAAUGCAUUGCAGCAUGCAGGCAGACAUAUGCUUUAUCAUAUGCUGCAAAUUGAUACUACUCAGUGCCUCUCAAAUAUUGCAAGUACAAUGAGGAAGCUUAAGGCUAGUUGAUUAUUUUUUUUCAAACCAAAAAGUUCAACCAUGUCAUAUGUUAAUUAUUGACUAGAGUUAUAAGAGGCACGGGACAAAAAGCACCGCCUUAAAAGGGUUGUAAAUACCAAAUUUGCCAGAUAACUGCUAAUUAUUCUCUUCAAAGUCCAAUUUCUAAGACAAAUGCAACACACAAUGAAGGGAACAACAGAUUUAGAUAAGGAUGGAGUCUGUCAGAUUAAUGCUUUUUAAUUUCUAUGAAGUAAAUUCAAGUAAAAUACUAAAUUUAACAUGGACGCACCUCCAAUCAAAGAAACAUUGACCACCUGCUGCAGCAUCUAACUUGCUGCAAUUCGUGCCAAUGCCAUACCAUGCCAAACUGUGCUAUGUUGAAUGCGCAAAGAUAAUGAGAAUUUAUUAAUACUUGGUUUCCCUUUCAGAAUCAACGAAUAUCAAAUCAUGGCAGAAAGCCAUUGGAAAAGUAGCUAGAUUGUGAAGUCUGAAUUGAGGCUAAACCACCAGAGGCCUACUGCCUUUCUUCUCUCAAACUAAGAUGCUAUAAUCUGUUUCAUUCUUCCCUGCCUUUCUGUAUAUUCAAUGCCAAGUUCCAUAUCA